UCGGCUUCUUGUCUUAGCCCAGUGUUUUACAAAUCUGAUCCUUGGGAUCUUAUCUACGGGUUGUGCAGGCUUUUGUUACGGUGUCAGGUGAUUCGCUGUGUACAUGUAAUACCUUUUUUUUUUUUUUGGGCGCAAAGAGCCCGUGGUCAUAAACUGGAGAUUCUCACCAUUGCCCCACAACUCUACUUGACAUUGGCAUUAGAAGUGGGGAUAGAACAGUUGUUUACCCAUCAAUGAUUGUAUGGCAACAUGCAUUACGCGCCCUAUCUUCCUCACCCACUCCAGCUGCUAGCAAUAACCUGGAACUAAAGCGACGCUGAAAAUGACGUGAAAUAUAAAUAAAUAAUGCAAACUGGGGUGUGUAAAUUGUCUCAGCUGCUGCAGUCUGUUAUUGUUAAGAAUACCGGACUGUGUAAUAGUGGUUUGUUGUUUCCAGAAUGUUGGUGAUUGGAAUAUGAACACCGACAAGGUAUAUUGACAGCAUCCGAAUUGACAUCGCUAUCAUCGGACGUAUUAUAUACUCGAGUGACCUGGAUGUGUAUUCGAAAUAGGCCGUAUCUCGGUCUAUUAUUUUGACUGCACAGGAUCAGAAAAAAAAACAUCGCGAAAGCGAGUGGGUGAUGAUAGGGAGUUGUUUGCUUGUUAGCACAUCAGCAGGACAUGAUACCGUCGUUAGUUAAACAAACGGCAUUGCUAGACUAGAAAUGGACAUGGUUAGACGUGCAAUGUUAGCCAGCUAGCUAACAAGCAAGAUGGAAUGGAAAAUAAGUGCGGUCAUAUGUUCUUAGCCAGUUAGCCGCUUUCCUGGCUAAUGGGUAGACGAGGGCUAGCUAGCUAUGUAUUUUAAUCGGCACCUACACCUAUCCUAUUGCUAAUUACUUUGCUAACUAUUACCCGUUUUAUAAAGUAGAAUCUUGCUACCUUGCGGGAUUUUUUUGUGCACGCGUCCUCACACGUCUCUUGAGAGAGAACAUUUUUGCUGCUGCUGGAAGAUAAACGGUGAAAGCUGCUACAUUUGAUAAACAAUGGCUCAAGAGGCGUUUCCUUUUCAUUUUCUGGUUUGGAACAACCAAUACCUUGAGCUUGAACGGCAACUACAGAAAAACGAGGAGAAUGUGGAUCGCUUGGACCCGCGGGGGCGCACCCCGCUAGAGCUGGCUGUGUGUCUGGGCCACCUGGAAUCAACCCGUGUGCUGCUCAGACACUCCGCAGACCCAACGCACUGCAACGCUCAGAGCUGGACUGUUUUGCAGGAGGCAGUGAGCACAGGGGACCCUGAGCUUUGUCAGCUGGUGCUGCAGUAUAGAGACUUCAAGCGAGCCACAGAGAGACUGGCCGGCAUCCCAGAACUGCUCAGCAAGCUAAGACGGGCCCGGGAUUUUUACGUGGAGAUGAAAUGGGAGUUCACCAGUUGGGUCCCCCUGGUCUCCAAGGUGUGUCCCAGUGAUGUGUACCGCGUGUGGAAGAGUGGCUCGUGUCUGCGGGUGGACACCACUCUACUGGGAUUUGAGCACAUGACCUGGCUCAAGGGCCGUCGCAGCUACAUCUUUAAGGGCGAAGAGAAUGGCGCUGUGGUGAUGGAGGUGGACCAUGACAAGCAGGUGGUGUACACAGAGCCUCUGUCUCUCUCCCUGCGGGACGCUCCGUCUCUCCUGGCUGCCAUGCUGCCCACCCAGGAGAACACCGCCCAGAGACUCACCUCCCCUAUCGUCUCCACACACCUCAACACACGCAACAUCGCCUUCGAGAGGAACAAGUCUGGCAUUUGGGGCUGGCGCUCUGAGAAGAGUGAGGCAGUCAGUGGCUACGAGGCAAAGGUGUACAGCGCCACUAAUGUGGAGCUGGUGACUCGAUCAAGAACAGAGCACCUGUCGGACCAGGACAAGUCAAAGAGCAAAGGCACCAAGACUCCUCUUCAGUCCUUCCUGGGGAUAGCUGAGCAGCAUACAGCUCCUAAUGGGAGUAAUGUUUCUCAGUGUGCCAGCCCCCAUAACCCCACAGCCAUCACAGCUGAGGAAUACUUUGACCCAGAGUUCCAACUCAAUGAGCGAGACAUCGGACGCCCCGUGGAGCUCACCAGCAAAGUCCAGAGGUUUAAGGCCCAUCUGUGGUUGAGUGAGGCUCACCCUCUGUCAUUGGCUGAGCAGGUCACGCCCAUCAUUGACCUCAUGGCCAUCUCCAACGCCCAUUUUGCCAAACUACGUGACUUCAUCACUCUGAGCCUGCCCCCCGGCUUCCCGGUCAAAAUAGAGAUCCCUCUGUUCCAUGUGUUGAAUGCCAGAGUGACCUUCAGUAACCUGUGUGGCUGUGAUGAGCCUGUCAGCUCGGUUACUGUACACACACCUGAGGAGGCCCCCGAGGCUGGGCAGGCCCUGCAUCCAUUUAACUGCGAGGUGGACCCCUCCGUAUUUGAACCACCCCCAGACUACACCACGCUUGGUCCAGGCCGCAGCGAGCCAAUGAGAGAUGAGGAUGAUAACUUGCUGCAGUUUGCCAUCCAGCAGAGCCUAUUGGACGCAGGGACAGAGAGCGACCAGGUGACUAUAUGGGAGGCUCUGACUAACAGUCGUCCUGUUUCUGGGCAAAUACAGUCACCCCUGUAUGAGGACGACUCUCAGCUGGAGAGGGCCAUCCAGGAGUCCCUGUCGAUCUCAUUGGCUGGUGGUAAGGAAGGAGAGCCUGCAGAUCCUGCCCUUCCCCUGUCAGUCUCGCCGUCGCACCCCGGAGCCUACUCCCCUCCCUCCUACAGCUCAGUGGCUGAGCCGCGGUUGCCGGGGCCAUUUCCCGGGGGAAACAGCUUUGACGAGCAGCUACGCAUCGCCAUGGACCUCUCGUGCAGGGAACAGGAAGAGAUGGACAGGGCAAGGCAGGAGGAAGAGGAUGAGCUGGAAAGGAUCCUUCAGCUGUCACUUUUAGAGAAGUAGCCACGUGUCUUGAUUGGGUAACAAACAUGUUAACUUAUUGUUUUAGUUUUUUUAUCCUGCAAUGUUAAAUUAUUAUUAUUUAGUUUUAAUUUAUGAUGUCUUAAUAAUGGGGCAUUAGAGUAUGGGACCAGACUGCAGGGAGGGAGGUAGAGAUGGUACUGUCCUCAAGGUGGGUAAAAGCAAUAUGUUGGAAACUACUUUCCAUUCACCAGUGGGCACCUGCUGUAUUUGUUGUCACCUGUCCAGUGGGAAGGGUUGUUUUGAGAGAUGAGGGGUACUGGGAGGGAAAGAUGGUCAAACUAGCAGUGCUGCUGUAAGAGCGCUCUUCAGGCCCUGAAUGGAUGGAGAGAACACUUUUAUUUUGCUUUAUUUUUCACAACCCAGCUGUCAUUGAGUGAUAAGUCCUUUAACCUUUCACCUAUGAUACAAACUGAUAAUAGUGAUAUGAUUUAUAAAAUACUGAUAUAUAUAAGAUAAUUAUUGAUAAAAAAUAUAUUAUGCUGGUUGACUCCUGCGUGUGACUUGGAAAAUAAAUGUAUCCUGAAGCA